GUUCAGAAAACUGUCUUGAACAGAAGCUGAGAACACCUCGUCGACGAUGUCAGCAGCCCAAAAUGCUGAAUAGCCCUGAGGACAACAUGUACUAUAACCAGUUAAAUGGAACUCUAGAAUAUCAAGGGAGCAAGAGGAAGCCAAGAAAACUUGGCCAAAUCAAAGUGCUGGAUGGAGAGGAUGAGUAUUACAAAUCAUUGUCAGCUGUUGAAUCUAUCCCUGAAGAUGACAGCUUUCUCAGUUCCCCAUCUCCUCCUUCUUCAAGGGGUGUGUCUUUUGCUCAAAGCUGAACCUCAGUUACUCUAUUGACUAACACUGGUAAGAGUACUUUCAUGCUGGUAAUAUCUUCCAAUUAACUUUGUGCACAUGUGUUUAUAUACUAUACUAAAAAAUACAGUUUCAGAUAGUAACUUUAUUCCACUAAUUUAGACCUGGUAUUGCAGCUGUAAGUUGUCCCAUUUAGCUGUAUUUCUAUAAGCGAUUCCAGUACAGGGGAGCAGCACUACCUGUCUGUGUUGGUGUUGGUAACAGCCAUGUUUCUUUAGCAGCAUGUUAGUUUAUACAGUUCCGAUCCCUUCUUCCCAGCUACCCCCGGCUGCUGUUUCCCACCCUGUGCCAUCCCUUCUGUUGUGCUGGCACAACUGCUGGUAGAGCUGUGUGAAAAAUAAGAUCAAGGAACUGAACUGAAUUAAAAGAACUCUGUACUAAAAAUUUUCGUUUGGGGUCAUAGUGAAAAUGUUUUGUAUUUCAUUAGACUGAUACUAAACAUUAUCCUUUUUAACUUUCUGUACU